UAACGAUUAUAAAACACACUACUAAGUUCGUGCCGUAUCAACGUGGUUGAUAAUCAGCUUAAAUGGUUUAAUAAAGCGUUGUUUUUAAAAAUUACACGUUCUGUAUAGCCGAGUGUUGAAACAAGUGUCCAUCCGAGAGUUCAAUUUAAACACGUUUUAAUCGAUUCUUCCUUGCCAAUGUGGUUUUUAUUCCUUUCUGAUAAGAGUGAUGACAUUUAUGCAAGUGUAUUCGACCAGUCGAUUCCCACGUGUGGAGAUAUGCACGCGUGUGUAAUAUUUUCAACGCUUAUUGUGUUUUCGAGUUCUGUGACACUGCGGACGGAACCAAGCACGAGCAUAACAAGUAAAACUAAGAUCGAGUUGAAGCCCAUUCUCAUCUCCUGCUCCUUGACAGACAUAGUCGUGAUUUCAGCACCAGUCAUACAAAAUGCUAUCUACUACCUAUACAAGCCUAGCGGAGAAUGCACCAAAUUGAACGUCUCACGUCCGAAAUACUACCACAAAAAACUAUUUUUCAACGAUAUUUACGACAAUAUCGUUAUACAGAACAGAAGGAACUAUGAGGGAAUCGUUCCCGUCAGCAAUUUCAGGGUCUUCAAUCUCAAUGAUGAUGUCGAAGGCACGGAAACAUUUGAGGACAAUACGAAGAAGUUGAAUUCGAACGAUUUUAUCAUCGGACCUCUGUUGAGAGAAGACCACGGCAAUUGGGUGCUGAGUGCGUACUACCAGGAUAUAGAUGGCGAUUGGGUGGAGACGUUUCAAGUUAUCACGAUAGAAAUUACAGACUACGUGCCCCCCAGUCCGACCGUGGCUCACCUAAAGCAAGGAGACACCUUCGCAUUCAGCUUCGCCUACCCAAUCCAGAACCUGACCAGUUGCGAGCUGAUCGCUCCAAGAUCCACCUUCGACAGGUUCUACGAGAGAAAUACCAUCGACAUGGAUACCUGUGGAUACGUCAUCAGGAACGUGACGAGCGAAGACCAAGGGCUGUGGAGGAUCACAGGUGUGGGAGACAUAGUGUAUGGGACCCAAGUGUAUUUGGAAGUGCUGCAGCCGAGUCAAAAAAGUUUGUUUGACUUACAUUAAGGCUGAGUUGCACCACCUAACUUUGACCGAUAAACGGUGUUUUUUGUAUGGAGUUUGAUAGAUUUUUGACGUUUGUUAAAGUUAAAGUAAGAUGGUGCAACCCAGCCUUACUGUGCUGUCCAAUAAGACCAUUGACAGUGCAACCUUGCGAUUAACAAUAGAUUUGAUAUGGUUGCACUCACAGAAUAGAAUGUCUGUUAUUAGAUAAUUAGAUGCACUGCAGUAGUUUUCAUAAGUAGUUAUUUAUUUUUCUUAUCGUAAAAUUGUGAUCCGUCGUGCGUGAGGCCCUUUGAAGCAAAGAACACGCAUGCGUUCCUCACUGUAUUAGAAUUAAAAAUUGUAAAUAGAUGCAAGAGUAAAUUAUUAGGAAUUGAUAAAUUGUUUAGUGUGAUUGAUUACUUACAUAAGUUAUUUAAGAAUAAAACCUAUAAGUCCCGUAAUUGAACUUCAUUUAAUAUUAACAAAAGACCUGCUGAAAAUUUAAACUCUUUUAUUACAAAGUUAGUUAGGCUUACUUAGUUUCGGUGUUAACCAAACGCGUGACACACCAAACCCGUUAGUGCUGUGGAAACAACAAUGAGCAUUAUGACCGCCUAUUUCGAUAACUGAGCUGAUAUCAAGUGUGUCAAAUUCCUCCUUUAGAUAAACGAUGCAUACAGUGUAAAUAUGCCCGGGCCCGCCACUAUAGGGCUAUAAAGUGGGACAUACAAGUCAAAAAUAUGUGACAGCCAUAAAUUUCAAAAUUUCUGAGUAAUGAAAUGUAAUCACAAAUCAGGGCACGUUACGAAAUUAAAAUUUUCAGGAACGUAUUUGAAUUGUAAACGAACGUUCCGUUAAUCUUUUGUUAAAUAGGUAAAAUCGUGAAAAUUGCCAUAAAACGUGCUCGUUCUGACAAUUGCCUUAUCAUAAAUACUUCUUUUUAUCGAUAUUUUCAUGUCCUGCAAUAACUUUUUAAGUACUAACAUACAAAAGGAGACAUUUAGGAAGUUGUGUGAUAAUUACCAGCGACAAAUAAAAUACAAAAUAUGAA